GGCCAUUUUUAUUAAAAAUACUUCCGAGAACCACGACGCGCGCAGAUUUUUUGUUCGGGUCCUGAAAUUUUCAGUGUUUUAUUUUUGGACCCAAAAUUAAACAAAAGGAAGUGGACAAUUAGAAUAAAUUAAAAAUAAUUCAAUAAAUUAUAAUUUUCGUUAAUCAAUGUUGCUGUGAUUUAGAAGUGAAUUCUCGAAUUGUAAAAAAUAUAAGUGCGUCCAGCGUUCUAUUUUCCGUGCGGGCUCGGGUGAGUUCGGUUGCGAAAAGUGGUGGUGCUCGGUCAUCUCCGGCUGAGCUCGGAACCGCGCCGAGCAGGGCGUCCUAUCAACCCCGCCCGUGAGCAACAGAGACGAAACACACUGCUGACUUGGCGACAACACGAAUGGAUUGAUGUUUUUCACGUGGAAAACUCAUCCCUUGAACAUAUUUAUGUCAAGGUCCCCGUACCCGUCACACAAACUGCACUACACUAUGAAACAUAUAAAUUGAAAAUGGCUUUUAAAAAGUAAACAUUAUCUAUUGUUGAUGUUUUAUUGUAUUGUUCAUGGAACACGAGAGAAUUCUUAUGUAUACAUUGAGAAAUUGUUGGUAUAUUAGCUAUUAAGCCUGGACUGGUAAUCAUAUCUUCCAAAGAAGGAAUAAUAAGAGAUAAAAAUGGCGACGCAAAGAUUUUGUUUGCGGUGGAACAACCACCAAUCGAAUAUGUUGUCUGUGUUCGAUCAGCUACUACACGCUGAAACGUUCACUGACGUCACGUUGGCCGUGGAUGGCCAACUAUUAAAAGCCCAUAAAAUGGUUUUAUCAGCUUGCAGCCCAUACUUUCAGGCUCUAUUUGUUAACCAUCAAGAAAAACAUCCUAUUGUUAUAUUGAAGGACGUCCCAUAUGCAGACAUGAAGUCUCUAUUAGACUUUAUGUACAGAGGAGAAGUGAGCGUGGAUCAGGAACGGUUAACAGCGUUCUUAAAAGUUGCUGAGAGUCUAAGGAUAAAAGGCCUUACUGAGGUGAAUGAGGAGAAGUGUGACAUUCCAGCUCUAACCAACUCCUUAAUUCAGCAGCAAUCUGCGGGCACAACACAUACGCCACCACCUCAGUUACAUAGAAUACAUCCUUAUAUGCAUCAAAAAAGACCAGCGUCUGGAAUGCCUUCAGGUGGGGCGCCUCCGAAUUUAUUGAUGCCACUGUUAGGCAAUGCAUUAAUGCAACCGAAAAGGAAACGAGGUCGGCCUAGAAAAUUAAGUGGAAGCUCGAGUGACGCUCUGAACACAGCCGCCAGCCCCCCAGGCGAAUUUAUCCCUGAAUCAGCUUCCCAUGCAACUUCUAAUAGGGCUGGUGAUCAAUUGAUUCGAGGUUCACCUGAAAUGUUGGAAGUUAAAAUGUCAAUGGAUGGUUUUGGUACUGAGGAUGGUGCAACUUCUGGCGGCGAAGAAGGAAGUGAAGCUCUUUUGAUUGACGAAGGUGACGAUGGGCAGUCAGAAGCACCGACUGGAAAAGACUCAGAAUCCGCAGAUCCGGAUAAAGUGCCUAAAGAUGAGCCUCGGCUAAACUUUCCCUCAAACGGACCGGUGUUAUCUAUUGAAAAUGGGUCAAUAAAACAAGAACCUACCAAUGAAGCUAACGACGGUUACAAUGAGCCCAUCGAAUACAAGUACAACCCCGAUAGAAGUCGUGAAAAUUCUAACUCUCGAGAUGGUUCUGUAAAAGAUGCAGACGAUAAGAACAGACUAGGUCGUAACUUGAAGCCAAAGAAUAGCAAAAAAUUACUACCCCAAAUGUCAAAAAUAAGAGCCCGAAACUUAUUCAAUCAACUUUCAGGACUAUCUAACCUCAACCCUGCCCUUAACACUUUUGACAAAUAUCCACCAGAAACAGUCUUAAUGCCAGCUCUUGCCACCCAAUUGUUUGCUGCUGAGUUAGAGCAAAACAAUUUAAACUUGGCAAACAAUGAUGUAUCUGAUUUAACGCAAACUAAUUGGGAACAUCGCAUAUUUCCUUCGCCCAUCAGGAAAAAUAAUAUAGGGAAUUUGGGUAAUUAUCAUGAAGAAACUAACGAAUCAGUAAGGGAUUACUGCAUAAAAGAGGGUGAAAAUGUAUUUAGGUGUAAAAUUUGCGCGCGCGUCUAUACUCACAUCAGCAAUUUCUGUCGCCACUACGUCACGUCUCAUAAGAAAGACGUGAAAGUUUUCCCGUGCCCCAUUUGCUUCAAAGAGUUUACUCGUAAAGAUAACAUGAUUGCACAUUUGAAGAUAAUACACAAAAAUCAGCCGAAUACAAAUGAACAGAUGACAAAACAAGAAUCUUAAAUGAAUUUUGAAGGCAAAUGACAAAAGUAAUAAAGAUCUGAUUACUAUAAAGUAGGAACCAUCAUUUGCUUAAACCUAUUAUGUAGUCCAUUAAACUUAGGUUGCGAUUGUAUAAGCAUUCGGGCUCCUAGUUUCUCGAGUAUAACUUUAUCAAUAAGUUUGUUGAUAUUAUACGAUGUCGUUUGUUGUUAUACCUAUUUAUCUAUUUAUUUAUGUUGUUCCAUUUUUUUCUCAGAGUGCUGACUGCAAAGAUAUUUAUAAAUUUCCUAUGAUUUACUUGUUAUUUUGCACUUACUUGUUACUUAAUUUUAUUACUUACAAAAUUUUCAGGGUACAAAGUAAUUACUCAUAGUGAUCGUUAUUAACAAAUUAUGAAUAUUCGAUCACUUAAUGCCUAAUAGUGCAUACAAUUCUCAUUGAACUGAAUUAGUUAGUAAUAAGUUAGUAGUAUAUUAUGAAUAAACAAUGGCAUAGUUUUAAUGUAGCGACCUAAAUUUCAUUUUUCAAUCAAAACCUAACUAUUAGCGCUGGUCUUGUGAAAAUAUUAUGCUAUCGAAAUGUAAGCUCAAGUUGGUGCCGCAAAUACUUUACUGUCGCCAAUUAUCACAUGACCUAAUAUUCUAACGCUAUAUUCUAAUAUUGUGUCUUCUACAUUUGCGAGACUACUCAUAAGCGCCGAGAUCUACGCGGCGAUGUCAGAGUAAAGAGGCUACGUAAAAACUGUUCGCAUAAGCUCCUCACGAUGCCAUUGUGUAGUGGUGUAAAAUGCAUUUUCAUUUAACUUGCCUUAUUAGUGAUCUUAGUUGUAAAUGAUGAUUUAGCUUCUUCGAAGUAAAACUCAACACAGGCUAUGAUUUUAUUUUCUAGAAUUUGUUAAGAUUAAUUUAAAAUAUUUUAUUGAUGUUGAAAUAUUUGGUUGUAAAUGUUAAGAUAUACAAACGUAAUUUAACUACUUACACAUCAAAUAGUGAAUGAGGCAAUUUUAUUUACAUUGCUUUAGAAAUCUCAUUUAGUAAAAAAAUAGUAGACAAAAAUUCAGUUCCUGAACACAGAGCCCCAAUCACUGUGACAGUAUAAAUUAGAUAUCUGAAUAAAAUAUUUCAAUUCCUAUCAUGUUGUAAUUAGGUGCAUAUUUCUAUAGCAUGUUGUGGAAUAAUAUUUAUAAAGUAGAACCUGCUGACUAUGUCAAAGACAAUAUAACGAGAAUAUUAUAUAUGUAGCUAAUUAUACAAGUAAUACUACUCUCGUAGCCUUUAAAAUUGCUACGAUUGUAUUAUUAUUAUCUUCAGCUGCCCUUGUAGCACGACAACACCAUUAAAGUAAAUAAGGACCGUUUGAAUUGGUCCAAAUACAAUUCCAAUACACUUACUGCUGAAUACGAAAAUUAUAUUGAUACUUUCUAUAAAAACAAUCGAGCAUCCGAUGCCUAUAAAAGAUACGGAGCCAAUGUAGGCAAUAUCGUCUGCUUAAGACAGACGAAAUUGCCUACAUUGGCUCCAUAAAACCGUAUUUUGCCUCAUACGAGCGGAACUUAUUUAUUGUGUUAUUGGUGAUUAUCGUGCCACCCGAUUUGGUUUGUAUGACUACCACCAAAGUAUAUUUCGUCAACGUAUGCAAUACUUUUUUGGUAGCACUGCAAUAAAUCUAGGCAGACGUUAACCUUUAUACCUAUAGCAUUAGAUGCAGAAUUGUACAGAAAUGUACAUUGUAAUGAGAUGUUAUAAAUGUUGACAGUUAUUGUAAAUAAAGCAAAUGGAGCAACACAGCGAUGUUGUCGAAGUGAUCUUAGCAAGGUGCUUUGAAAGAGGUUUAUAAAUAACUGGAAUCAUGAGAUGAUUUGUAAAAUUCUAUUUUAGUAGAAAACAAAAUGCCUUAAUUAUAAAAUAAGGAAUGGUACUUAUAAAUUAUUUAGUUAAAAUUAGAGGCAACAAGUAGUCUUCCAUAUAUUGAUAAAGUCACGUUUUCUUAUUCAAAAUCCAGAUGAUAAUCUCAACUUUUGAUUAAAAUUAUCUCCAUAGGAUAAUUUUGUUGGAUUUAGAUACUUAUUAAGUUGUUAACCCUAUUAUACCCUAAACUUUCCAAUGUUAAAAUCUUAGGUCCAGGAACGCUUGCCUAUUAGUGUGCCUUUACUUGAAUAUAAGUUAUAUAUUUAUCGACUAUUAGAGAGAUAAGAAAUUUCAGAGAAUGUUAACUACAUAUGUAUUAUUUAUUUUCAUUAUUCAGAGUUUACAUCUACUUUAAGAAGCUUCCUUAGUAAUUUAGACCCUUUAGGCCCAAGUAGUAAAAUAUAUAUAAAAAAAGGAAAUUAUAAAAUUAAGAAUAUCAUCUCAUGUUUCCCAUUUUAUUUGGAAAAGUGAAACAACUAUGUUGUUAAACAAAAAAUAUUAAAAAUUAUAAAACGUGAGUUUCGAGGCAACUGGGUCUUGAUAAUCAAUAUUAAGACUGUUAAAAUUCAUAUAAACGAAUUUAUUGUACCUACUUUUCAUAACAUUUAUAUGAAAUUUACCUUGGAAAUUGAUAGGUACUUAAAUGGGAAAUUUAGACUUAAUUAAGGUGAGGCUAUUAUUGGAACUAAAAAAUCUCUUACAUAUUUAUAGUCAAUUUAGCCAGUGCCUAAGGUAACUCAUUCGAAAUUAAUUUUUACUUCAUAUUUUAUACUAUUACACACACUACUUAGGUACCUUUUCGUUGUUCGCUUUAUAUCGUUUACUUACAAUCGUUAAUUCUUCAAACUUGAAAAAAUUUAUUUACUAUGAAUCCAUUUAUCGUUUAUUAAAAUGUUAUAUAAUAUCAUCAAUUGGUGCUAAAUUAUACUUAAGAAUGUUACAUUUAAUGUAACAAGGAUUUUCCCUAAAAUAUUCAAUUUAUAUAUAUGCGUUGAUUGUUAAGUUGAAUUUAUUUUAAUAACAUAAUUCAUCCGGCAUGGUAUCUUAAAAUAAAAACAUUUGAAUUACCUAUUACUGGAAACUUACAAAAACAAAUUUAAUGCAAUUUAAACACUUAUUAUUUAAAUAUAUAUUUUUCUUAUAUUAAUAAUUGGGUAUGAACAUUAAGUCCAUAACAAUUUUUUAAAGUUCAUCAAAAUAUAUUUACUUAUAAAAAAAGAAAGUAUAAUAUCAGCUAAAUAAAUUUCAAAUUGGUAGAUUUAUAAAGAUUUUCAUGUUACUUUAAAGCGUAAAUCACAAUUUGUUAUUUAUCACAGAAACUUUUACUUAUGUACAAGAUAUGUAUAUGCGGAUGUGUUGUUUAUAUGUUUUUAUUUAAGAGCGCCUUUUUAUUAAAAACACAUCUUGAACUAUUGUGAAUCAGUAAUUCUUUGUUCUAAAGUCUUAGGUACAGAAAAAUAUUUUUCUUCAAACAGAAGUUCUUUAAUUCUGAUGCAAAGUUUAUUCCGAUUGCAAUGACACAUCCUAAUAAAAUAAGUAUACGGUUACAACUAUAAAUUAUAUAGGAACAGAGAAAUUCUUAAAUUUCUAAGUUUGUUCGAAAGCAUAUUAGAAAUAUUGUGUAAUUUUAUUAACUCUCAUAGAUUUCUGAAAAGUUGCAGAUAGCUGUAAGUAAACUUCACACAAAGUAAAUAGAUUCUAGCCAAAUGUUAAUAAAAUCCAUAUUUUUUUGUUAUUUGCACUUAGACAAUAGUAAAGCAAAGAGUAAUGUUUAGAUACAUUUAGAGGUGGAAAUUACACGAGAUAGCAUAUUUGUUAACGACAGAAAUACAUUGGUAUACAAUAAGGUGUUAAUUACUAUUUUUAGAAUCUUUAAAGAAAAUAAUAAAAGUUACAGCAAAACAACAAAUCUUAUCAAUUAAUGUUAUUAUUUUGUUUUGUUAUUAAUUUUAUUUUACACCUCGUUUAUUUAUUGUGACGUCAAAAAAGUGUGAUCUUAUGGUGAAUAUCUUUUUCUGUUAUACUUGCUACUGAUAAGUACUUAUCGUUGAAUAGUUUAUAAAUUAUACCAAAAUGGUACCUAAAAGUGACAAUACUGCAUUGAAUAUUAAGUUAAAAAAAUCUUGCCGUUGCUCCAAAGUUGGGAGUAAUAUAAUUAUAUCAUAUGAUAACGAAAACACACGGCAAACUUUAAACUGAAAACUGUAACUAGUGAUACUUCAAGCAACGAUUUCAGAUGCUUAAAUGUUUUCGAUUGAAUAAAAUCGAAAUAAAUGUAAUUAAUAAUAUUAGCAAAGUAACAACACGGGUUAUUAGUAAAAAGUAGAUUAAAUUUUAAGUUAUUUAUAAUAUAGUAGAUUUAAAUAGUGUUGUUAACAAAGGAGUGAAUUUUCUAAACUAAAUGUAGACACGGAGAGAGGACUGAGCAGGUAUGUUGUCCUAUUAUAUACUUUUCUCACAUUUCGUAGACGGUGUGGUUAGAGCUAGAUAUGUUUGUAUGCUUUCUAUGUUGCUCAAAUUGAUUCUAUGCGUAUGAACAAGAUUUUGGUCCAGUACAAAAUGUUGCUUUUUUAUGAUUUUGUAAUCAGCGAUGACAUUUUAUAUUUAAUACUACUUAUAUCACCCCGUUUUUAUAAUGUCGGAGGCAGCUAACGGUCUCGAUUUUUUUUUAAUUCUCAGUUACGCAAUAAAUGUAAUAAUUUCAACAUGAAACCCACCUUAUGUGAUCUUUAAAGAACUAAGUUAACUGAAGUGUUAUUUUUAUAAUUAUGUACCUACUUAACUUGCCGAAAUAGUUCCAAAUGCAAAUACUUGAGUCCUAUUAUAUCAUAGUGAAAUCUUUUCUUUUUUGUUAUGUUAUUUUUUAAUUUAUCAUUAAUUUAAUAAAUUAUAAUUAAUUUAAAUAGUGAAAUAAGCUAUAUGUAUGUAUAUGGUUCAGCCUGACACCUAAACCUGAUCCAAAUAGGUGUAUAUAUUAGGUUUUAUUUUAUUUCAAAAUGGUACCAAUAAUUUUGUUGUGUUGCCGAUUUAUAAAAAACUGAUCAAUAUUUAUGUCAAUAAGUGUCUGAUUAAGAUUCCAAAAUUAAUAAUUUAUUCAAUUUGAUUUUAUAUUUUGUUCUAGUUUUAAAUAUUGAAGGACUUUUUGUAUGGACAAGUUUUCCGUUGCCGUUUCAUUUUGACUUGCAGUCUGAUAUUAAUUCUUAUGUGGACAUAAAGGUGCUAUAUUGUUCAUGAUCAAAUCGUGAACUAAGUAAUCCUCUUGAAUGCGAGUGAUAAGACAUAUGACAUAAAUGUUUAACUAUUGUAUCUGACAAUGUAAACAAGAGUAUUCAAGAGAUAUUUUCGAAAAACUGGUUCAUAAAAAGAUCCUGUCAUUCGUGUUUUUUUUUAAUCAUGGUGUAUUCAAUUUCGUCAUUCAAUUUGAACAAAUAAAGGUUAAUAUAUUUUC